AUGUCGUCCACCAGCAACGCCUCCAUUGACAAGUUCAACGGAGACAAUUACGCAACGUGGAGCCGGUACAUGCGCGGUGUGUUUUUGACGAAGUCCGUCUGGCACGUUGUCAACCGUGAAGUGACUCCGACUUUCACCGACCCGCGAGCGUCCGAUGACUACGUCAAGGCAAGCAACGUCGCGUUUGGUAUGAUGCUGCUGCACAUGAACGCGGACUACCAUCAUGUGCUGGACAACUGCGAGGAAGCCUGGGUUGCGUGGACAAGUCUGAAGACGCUGUACGGUGGGCCGCAGAAGGCAGGACGCAUCUACCUCAAGCGACAACUUUUCAGUAUCAAGAUGGCUGAAGGCGCGAACGUCAUGCAUCACUGCAACGAGGUCCUCAACAUCUCCGCCAAGCUUAGCGGCAUCGGUGCGAAGAUGGAAGACGAAGACGUUGCAAUUUGUCUGCUACUCAGUCUUCCGAAGAGCUACGAAAAUGUGGUGCUCAACAUGGAAAUGAGCAGCACCGAGCUUCGCACUCAAGAUGUGGUGAGAGUCUAUUGA